AUGGGCGGCAAGUCAACGUUCAUUCGCCAGGUGGGAGUGGUGGUGCUGAUGGCGCAGGUGGGCUCGUUCGUGCCGUGCUCCCGUGCACACGUGAGCAUCCGAGAUGCCAUCUUUGCCCGCGUGGGCGCUGGCGAUUGCCAGCUGAGGGGAGUGAGCACGUUCAUGGCGGAGAUGCUCGAGACAGCCGCCAUCCUGCAUGCCGCCACGCCGCACUCGCUGGUGAUAAUUGACGAGCUGGGCCGAGGAACGUCCACUUACGACGGCUUCGGUCUCGCCUGGGCCAUCUGUGAACACCUAGUGGACGUAACGAAAGCGCCCACCCUCUUCGCCACGCACUUUCACGAGCUCACGGCUCUCGAGACCCGAGAUGAUUCCAAUUGUGUUGCCAACUUCCACGUCAGCGCACACAUCGACGAAGCUUCCAGGAAGCUCACUAUGCUUUACAAGGUGCAACCAGGCCCAUGUGAUCAGAGCUUUGGGAUCCACGUGGCAGAGUUUGCACAUUUCCCUCCCGAGUUGGUGGCCAUGGCACGCGCCAAGGCACAGGAGCUCGAAGACUUUGCCCCUCCUGCUGCUCAUGCCGCUGCUGCUGGUGCUGCUGCUGCUGCUGCUGCUGCUGCUGGUGCAGAUGCUGGUGCUGCUGGUGGUGGUGGUGGUGGAGAAAAACGUAAGCGGGAUGGAGGGGAGGAGCAGAGGGAGGGAGUGGGGCAAGCACGGCAAUUCCUUCGGGAGUUUGCAUCGCUGCCUCUCGACAAAAUGACAGCAGAGGAGGCAUUGAGGGCUGUAGCAGCGCAGGUGAAGGCGUUGGAGGGGGAUGCGGAGGGAAAUGAGUGGCUUAGAAGCCAGCUUCUAUCAUCGAGAGCUGCUUGA